AUGCCUGAUAACAUGUCAAGGCCUUUAAUCCGAGUCAGGGGUGAAGGUGGAGCCUCCAGACAUCUGGAAGCCUCUGUGGCUGAGCAUGGCAGUCCAGUGAUUGGCAUCCUGGGCACGGGUGACUUCUCACGCUCACUGGCCAGACGGCUCUCAGCCUCUGGCUACCAAGUGGUGGUGGGGAGCCGAACCCCUAAACGCUCUGCGUCUCUGUUUCCUGAUGAAGCUGAGGUGACAUCCCAGAUGGAGGCAGCAAACCAAGCUGAUCUACUCUUUAUCGCUGUGUUUCCUGAACACUACUCCACACUGAUGGAAUUAAAGCCGGCACUAGCUGGAAAAACACUGGUGGAUGUUAGCAAUGGUUUGCGAAUCAGCCACGACGGACCCUCAAAUGCUGAGCAGCUGGCUGAUUUCUUUCCGGAGAGUUCUGUAGUCAAAGGUUUUAACACUAUAUCAGCCUGGACACUCCAGAUGGGGCCUCGCGAUGGAAGCAGGCAGGUUUUGCUGUGCAGUGACAACAGCAAGGCCAAGAGCUCAGUCAUGCAGCUCUGUCGUAGAAUGGGCUUCAUCCCCGUUGAUAUGGGUCGCCUCUCUUCCUCUUUGGAGAUUGAAAACAUCCCCUUAUAUCUGUUUCCCUCAUGGCGCAUCCCCAUCCUCUGCACAUUGCUGCUAUUCAUCUUCUUCUAUGUGUAUAACUUCACCCGAGAUGUCUUACAACCUUACAUCACAGCUGGAAAAAACACUUUCUAUAAAAUGCCCAUUGAGAUUGUAAACGUCACUCUUCCCAGCGUGGCUCUGGUGAUGUUGGCGCUGGUCUACUUGCCUGGUUUGUUCGCUGCUUUCCAGCAGCUGUGGUGGGGAACCAAGUACAACCGGUUCCCAAACUGGUUGGAUGGAUGGCUAAGCAGGAGGAAGCAGUUCGGGCUGUGUAGCUUUCUCUGUGCAGCUUUGCAUGUGAUAUACAGCCUGUGUCUGCCUUUGAGGAAGUCAGCCCGCUACAAACUGCUCAACGCUGCUUUUAAACAGGUCAAGGACGGAGUGCAGGAUGCAUGGAUCGAAGAGGAUGUAUGGAGGAUGGAACUGUACCUUUCUGUGGGCAUCAUGGCCCUGGGACUGCUCUCUCUUCUGGCUGUCACUUCGCUUCCCUCAGUCGCGAACACUGUCAACUGGAGGGAGUUCAGCUUCAUCCAGUCCACCAUAGGUUACUGUGCCUUGUCCAUGGCCACCCUCCACACUGUCCUUUACGGCUGGAAUCGUGCCUUUGAUCCAGCCCAGUACCGCUUCAACCUCCCUCCCACCUUUCUGCUGGUCCUCAUCGUUCCUCUCAUGGUUCUACUGGGCCGCCUGGCUCUGGUCCUGCCCUGUGUGGCCCUGCGGCUCCGGAAGAUCCGCCGUGGUUGGGAGAAGAGCCGUCAUAUCCGCUUCACCCUCCCAGACGAAGACUGCCGGAACGGGCUUGAAGAUGUCAGUAAUGUGUAACGAACACACUGUUAGAUGAUCGCACACUCACUGGAGAUGAAUGAUGAGCACACCCUUGGGAUGAGGGUUUUUCGAUAAGGUCAAAACUGGAAGUAAAAUAGAAGAAAAGUCUAAUUUUUAGAAAUACUUGGCCAUACAGGGCGAUGGUCCUUGAGCUUAUUGCACUAUCAUUAUAUGACAAUACUCUAGUUUGUCCUUCUGCGUUUUAAUUUAUUAAUAUUUUACCUGCUGUAUUUGUUUUGAAAGUAUAAGUACUAGUAUUAGUAUUAGAAGUAGACUUGGCCUUUCCUUGGUUUCUGCAUUCCUGUCAUUCAAAGAUAUUAAUUUUUAGUUUAAUUUCUUUAUUUCAAGCCUGUAACUUCCAGCACAGUCCUUUAUAUAUCUUUAAAUCUAACAUCGUUCGAUAAGAGUAGCUUAUAUGUUAGUACUGAAGUUUCUCGAUGAUGUUCCGUCAGUGUUACAGUUUCUUUUUGAUGCUUCAUUUUGGUUGAAGUGCCUUGAUUUACAAAAAAAAUUAACUCUAAUAUGCCAGAUGAGAAUGAAAGGCUGCUACACUCCCUUAAUGUCACCGACAUGUAUUAAAUUUCUAGACUAGUCAGUAUGACAUUUAAGAAAAUAAUAUGUGGUAUUUUUCCUUUUUAUAGUUAACACAUUUUCACUAUUUGCUGUAGACAUUGGAGGACCUAUCAGUAAACUGUUGACAUAAAACAAUCUAAUUAGUUGUUAGAGAACUUUCUAAGCUUUAAGAUAAAAUCAAAACUUGUUGAGAUUUGUACAGUAUUGUUGUUACACUUCAUGUCAGUUUUAUUUUCUCACUUUUACAUGUUUUUGCCAAAGAUAAGUUUUGUUAUCUGAAAGAUAACUGUAAGUGUCAUCCCACAAAGGUACAAUUGUAAAAAUUGCAAACUGAAAUUUCUGUUAUAUAGAAUAAAGCAUUUUUUCUAUAAAUAA